CGAAGCGGUGACCAAACGUCAUCCUAGUACCGCUAAUGCUGGCCAGGAACCCACGCCCUGGCCUGCGGGCUUAAGAAGGACGGGCGCUUGUUGUCGAAUGCCGGUUCUUCCUCCUCUCCUCCAAGACGACGAACGAUGCAGAGCAACAGGCAGCCGUCGAAUCCCCGACCAGCUUGUCGAUUUCAUCAAGCCGGAAACUGUAGACGGGAGGACUGUCGAUUCAGUCAUGAUGUUAACGUCUGUAGCCCGACGACACCAAAUGCGCAGUCGAACAAUCAACAGAGACGCGGUGCGUUUCGUGGCCGUGGCAGGGUACGCCCUUCCGCUAGCGGCGCCUUGCGAUCGGAAAAAGAAGGACAUGGUAAUGGCGUGCAGAGGUGUACAUACUACAGCAGAGGAAAGUGCAACCGAGGCGAUAACUGCCGAUUCAGCCAUGACACGGAGCUUCCCUCCGGCUCGACCUUACCUCAAGUACCUAUCCUUGAAGAGUCUACACCACCAAUUGCUUCCUCGAGCUCGUCUGGUCAAACGAAGCAACAGGAUCGUGCGGAACGAGCUGCAGCAAGGGAAGCAGAAACUGAAGCCCGCCUUGCACGCAUCGUCCGAGAAGAAGCCGACCAGACGUACACGAAGCUGAUCGGCGGCUCCAUUGUCACCUUCAGCGCAGGCGCCACCAUCCAGUCUCUUGUUACUGGCUUCCACACGUCUAUCGUCCGAGUCACUGGGCUUCCGGCAAACACGACGAUCAACACCCUCUCGCUCCUGAUCCUCGGUCAGGAUCUCUCUUCGGGGGACUUCCACAUCGUUUCGCAUAACCAAUACAAGCGCGAAGGCGAGGUCCUCGUCAAGCGCAGUGAGGUUGAGCGUUUGGUGGAGGCAAUCGAUGACGCCGAGAUGGGUAGCAAUCGCCUUAGCGCGACCCUGAUCGAUGGCGGCGGAGUGACGGGGAAUUCGACCUACGUGCUCGCCAUAUGGUGGAGGGCGCCGUCGGUCAGCUACGUGGCUACGUACCGUUCGACGGACUUAGCUGAAGCCAAGGCUCGUGAACUGAAUGGCCGUAUACUAUCUGGACGGCGCGUUAAUGUGUUCGUCCGAAGGCCUCGGAAUGCGGGUCGUUAUUUCGAUGCUUCGCCCUCGACCUCGAUUAUAUUGGAUGGUCUGCCUCUCUCUGUCUCGACCAACGACGUCUCCCGCUUCACUGGCAACACUGAUGUAUUGCGGCAGCCGGCAAAGGACUACAACGUCGACGAAGCAGUCGCUCAGCUGGGCCACCACAUCAGACUGUACUCACCGGUGGCGCAGGUCACAAACGCCACGCGUCCCAACGAGAAAAUGGUCCAGGUGCGCGUGGCCUUCGACGAUGGCGACGCAGCAGAGCGUGCGCGCAUCAGCCUCGAUGGCCAGAGGAGGUUCUCCUGGAAUGGCAACUGGCCGCUGUAUACCCGUCUGGACGAGCCCGUACAGUACAAACUCUCCAUCCCGGUACGGCAGUACAACGUCCAGAAGCGACAGUGGGACGAGCUCGCUGGCAGCGGGGCGGCCGCGUCCCUGCGGAUCGACGCCCCGCGGCACCCAGGUCGGCCCCAUGUCUUCAUUCAGAUCUCGGGGAAGGAGAAGGAGGCCGUGGGCCAGCUCAAGGUUCGCGCCGAGGACCUUGCGCGAGGGCAGGUCCUUGCGGCAUGGGCAGUAGGCCUCACUGAGCGGUUUUUGGAUGGCGUGGCCGAGCGCACAGGGACGUUCAUCCUCCGCGAUGCGCGCACCCGCGCGCUUAAGGCGUUCGGCGAGCCGGCCGCGGUGCUCGCAGCUCGCGAGCAGAUCCAGGAGGAGGAGGACCGCUUGGCAGCGCUAGAGAUAUCGAUUCCGGUCAAGCCAGCGGUGGUGGCAUACUUCCUGCGCCAAGGCAUUCCCGCCCUAAAGGAGGAACUCGGCGAGGAGAACGUGAAGCUCGACGGCCCUCGUGCGCGGUGCCAUGUCGUCGUCCGCGGUGGUGAAGCAGCGCGACGCGCGGUGGAGCGCCAUAUCAUCGACUCUGCGACGUAUCGCCCCUCUGCAGCCGUGGAUGCGACGUGCCCGGUCUGUUAUAUGGAGCCGUCCGCUCCGUUCCGUCUGGGGUGCGGCCACAUUUACUGCACGGCCUGCGCCAAGCACCUGCUUUCCAGCGCGACGGAGAACAAGACCUUUCCUCUCCUGUGCAUCGGGGAGGAUGCCACUUGCGGGGUGCCAAUUCCCAUCCCGACGAUCCGCAAGUUCCUGGCCGAGGAUGCGGUGACAAAGCUUUUCGACGCUGCGUUCACGGCGCACAUCGAAAGGAACCCGGACAGGCUGAAGUACUGCCGGACUGCGGCGUGCGAGCAGGUGUAUGCUACCGAUGGUGAACAGCAAUUCUUGUCUUGUCCGUCGUGCUUCGCCACCGUCUGCACGGGCUGCAACGAAGGCGCACAUGUUGGCAGGACGUGCAGGGAGAACGCGCGCGACGUCCAGCGGAAGCACGACGAGAAAUUGAACGACGCGCUCAUCGCCGAACAGAAUUUCAAGCGCUGCCCGAGUUGUCAGGUCCUCGUGGAAAAGACAGAAGGCUGCAACCACAUCUCAUGUCGCUGCGGUGCACACUUCUGCUGGAGGUGCACUCGAGUGUUCCCCCGCGACGAGAUCUACAAUCAUAUGACGGAAGCACACGGCGGGAUAUACGAAGACGUUCGUCCCGCGCAGGCGCCUCAGAGGGCACCACCACCGCAGUAUCCUGUGCCGCCACGUCCGCGAGAAUUCGAAUAUGACGCGGUCGAUGUCAUGGAGCAGCACCGCAUCCUUCGGGACAUCGCACAAAGGCGGGAGGUGGCGCAGCGAAGGACUAUAGAAGAGAGAAACCGGCAGGCUCGGCAGACAGAGGCAGCACAGUACCAGAGGGAGGCGUAUAUAAACAGGCAGUGGCAGAUGGAGGCUCAGAGACUCGAGAUCGAGCAACGCCAACGGGAGGAAGCGCAGAGAAGAAAUAGCGGAUGGGGAUGCACCGUUAUGUGAAGGGCAAUCACUACGAACCCGCGCAGACGUGCCGAAAGAAUGCUUGUGAUGGAAAAGCGCGAUACAAUUGCAGUCACUUGGUACACAUACUCAAUGGUCUUGUCAAACAUUGCCUGUUACGAAAACAAUUUGUCUUCCUCUAUCUCCGACGCAGAUUUGAGCUCCGACUGGAGGAGUCUCCAAUAUUCCUCUUCCAGGUUCG